AACUACUUUAUAUUCCAACUUGUGAUGGUGUGUUCUCAACCCAACAUGGUGAUUUUCAAUAACACUACAUCAUCUUCCUCAAACUUCCUACUCACUGCAUUUCCUGGUCUGGAACUUGCACAUGUCUGGAUCUCUAUUCCUGUCUGCUGUCUCUAUGCCAUUGCCCUCUUGGGAAACAGCACGAUUCUGUUCGUCAUCAUUGUUGAGAGGAGUCUUCACAAGCCCAUGUACUAUUUCCUCGCCAUGCUGUCAACUGUUGAUCUAUGUCUGACCAUCUCAACCCUUCCCACUGUUCUUGGGGUUCUCUGGUUUCAUGCCCGGGAGAUUAGCUUGAAAGCUUGCCUCAUUCAAAUGUUCUUUGUACAUGGCUUCUCCUUCCUGGAGUCUUCAGUGCUGGUAGCCAUGGCCUUUGACCGCCUCAUGGCUAUCUGUAACCCACUGAAGUAUGCUAUUGUCUUCACAGACAUGAUAAUCUUGUUGAUUGGACUGGUUAUCUGCACACGGCAAGUAAUUUUAAUCUUUCCCAUGAUUCUAGCCUUGACGAGAGUAUCUUUCCACGGAGGCCAAGAGCUUUCCCACCCAUUUUGCUACCAUCCAGAUAUGAUUAAAUACACAUAUUCCAACCCCUGGAUCAGCAAUUUUUUGGGCAUGUUUCUUCAGCUCUACCUGACUGGCACUGACUUACUGUUCAUUCUUUUCUCCUACGUUCUGAUUCUCCGAACCGUCUUGAGUAUCAUGGUCCCUAAGAAACAACAAAAAGCUCUCAGCACUUGUGUCUGUCACAUCUGUGCUGUCACUGUUUUCUACGUGCCAAUGAUCAGCCUGUCCUUUACACACCGCCUUUUCAGUUCCACCCCAAAAGUGGUCUGUAGCAUUUUGGCCAAUGUUUAUUUGUUCUUACCACCUAUACUGAACCCUGUCAUUUACAGCUUGAAGACCAAGACCAUCCGCCAGGCUAUGCUCCAGCUGCUCCAUUUUAAGGGCUCACAGGGCCCCAGUGUGAGGAGUCAUAGAGGACCCUGGGGUUGA